CCACUAUGAGAUGAAGCAGUUCCUGGAGUGCGCCACCAACCAGCGGGACCUGACCCUGUGCGAGGGCUUCAACGAGGCGCUGAAGCAGUGCAAGUACAGCAACGGUGUUUCUUCUCUCCUGUGAAGAAUUGGCCCCCUCGUAGGGAAGAGGAUCGUGGUGUAGAGCCCUGCUCUCCCCAGGGAGUGGCAGGACAGACAGAGCUGGAGGGAGCAGAGUGACCAGCCAGGAGUAUUCUAGUGGUAAUUCACUUCUGAACUAGUAGGGAAGGAAGGGAAUGAUUGGACCCAAGGGUCUUCAGUGUUCAGAUAGCACUGUAUUUAUUACAGAGAAAUAAAAGAAUUUAUUUGGACCUAUCA